CCACAUCUGACAAAAGGCGCGAUCGAGGACAUAAUAAAUGGAGAGAAACCAGAAAAACCAGAAGUACAAGUUCUGAAAAUGAUGAGAGAAUCCUCACCACGAAAUUCCAAUAAUUAUUAUUAUAAAUUAGUGUUAUCAGACGGACAAACCAGCUAUCCCAAUUUUCUUUUACCAAUGAAAUAUGAGAACUUUAUGAUAGGAACUGCAGGAGAAUAUAGUGUUAUCAGGUUAAAGAAAUAUAAUAAAAAACCUUCAGUUGGACCAUUACCAGAUGUAUAUUUAUCAGAUGUAGCAUUAGUACAGGAUGGCUGGUCUUAUCGUAAGAAACUUGGUAAUCCAGUUCCAUAUCGUCAAGACAGACCUCAGAUUAAAAUGGCAGAGCCUAAGAAGGAUUUGGAAAAGGUAUCAGAGAGUAAAACUACUUCCAAAGAAGUGGAGGUCUCUAGAACCAACAAUAAAGUGAAGGGAAAACCAUUAGAAGAGUCCAAGAAAGAUAAUAUAAUGGCAGAUGCAAGCAAAGAUGCCUCAAAAGCUGAUCAAAAGAAAGCAAAAAAAGAGAAAAAUACUAAAGAUGAAAACAAUACAAAAGAGGUAAAAAAUACAAUAGAGGUAAAAAAUACAAAAGAAGAGACAAAUACAAAACAGGAAAAGAAAGAAGACAUAAAAACUUAUGCAAAUAAUAACAAAAGUGCACUAUUAAGUCAGAAAAUAGAAGACUAUGUUUGUGAUAUUGUAAGAACCAUACAGUUUGGUGAUAUGAGUGAUGUAGAAGACAUUAUGGAGCACCUAUCUAGCAUCAGAUUCAAUCGUAAUACAUCCCAUAGAAUUAAUUAUGUCAAACUUAUACAAUGUUUAGGGGAGAUAGGUAUCGAAGAACUAAUCCAUGUUAUUAGACAGACUACAUUCAUUUGUUGUGAAACACACAGACAAAAACAUCUGUAUCCUUAUCUGGAUUUAUUAUACACUAUUAUGAACAACGUGAAUGUUAUCAAACGUGUGGUAUACCACAGGGCCACCUUGAUACCAUUAUUUUUCAAGAGCCUGAAACUGAGAGAGAGUAGUGAGACUAAUAUUAGAGUAAUACAGAUAUUAAGUCUGUUUUUAACUGUGGGAACUCGUCAGAUAACAGAGAUUUACUAUCGUAAAGGAUUGUUAUCUUUAUUGGCUGAUAUAGAUCAUGAAACUCCAGUGUUUGAAAUACUAGGAAUUCUGCAAACUAUGGUCAACUAUGGAGAUCGGAAUGUCCGACAAGCGAUCAAGAAAUCUCAAAUUCUUUAUGAAUUAGAAACAUGGGGUGGUGGAUAUGAAUCUGAAGCCCUUGAAAUAAAGAAUAUCAUUCGUGCUGGAAAAUGGCCAUGCCUGAGUAAAGAAGGUGCCAUCACAGCAAAAAAAAGACUGGAAUCGAGAUUGGAAUUUGACCCUGUGAAACAGUAUUGCUCCUCACCAAAAUGUCGUAAGGAUAUAACUGGUAAUACUAUUAAAUACUGUGGGGCGUAUUGGUUAUUGACUACAUCAAAGACUCAUCAUCCUGUUCUACUUUGUCUACACACAGCUGCAAUGAAAUAUGUCUGGGUGUCCGAGACUAUAUCAACAAAAGGUUCAAAUUAAGGAUCCCUCAAUUUUCAGAGAGAAAACAAGCUUUUGAGCAAAAUAAUAAGUGAAAUGUCUUUAUUAGGUUUUGUUUGAAGGAAUAUGCUAUUUUGUACAGUUCUAGUAGUUCUUUUGAGGACUGUUUACUGUUCAUAAUAAAGUCCCAAAUCCCAGAAAAUGCCAAACCAUGGACUUUAAUAUUAAGUUUUAAUUGAUAGUGUUUUCUAGUCAUUAUAUAUUUUCUUUUUAUUUUGAUUCAUUUAUGCCUAGUUUACACCAACGCGCUUUAAAUCGGCGAGCAAAGCGCCAGCAUUUUUUGUUUACUUUUCCAAAAAUAUCACGAUCUCCUAAGUAAUGUUACGCUCUGAUAAGCUCUGAUGCGAAUUGGUUACGCUUUGGGGACGAAUUAUUUCCCGAUUUGAUCAGGCCUUGCUACGCUUUAAAUCACUCUUUGAUAAGCUUUAUUAAGCUUUGAUGCGGUUAUGACGCUUUAAAUCACGCUCUGAUACGAUUAUCAAGCUCUGUUGUGCAUUGUUAAGCUCUGUUACGCAUU